UGGUUUUGAGUUUGGAUAAUGCAAUAGUCAUUUGAAGGUUUGCAAAAAAAUGUCGUUUAAUAGAUCCUUUGUCGUUCAUCAUCAAAAUACUCUCGUUUUUACAUGAUAAUGUCGUUACUAAUUAUCCAUUAAGAUACUGUCGUUUUGUACAUGAUGUUGUCGUUUAUUGAGUUUUCGCUGGUUUCGCCCAACACACACCAUCCCCGUCUUCUCCUUCUCUCUCUGUCUCUGCAAUUAUGUGUUAUGACAGAGAUGUACAACUCUAACGAGGAAUUGAAAUCAAGCUAUUCUUAAUCAGUGCUACAAACUCUACUACUCCGAAUAGAAACGGGGUUUUCUUGGCUUCCAAACACCUUGUAAUAAACUUACACUAGCCCAAGUGAAACGGGAUUCCCCUUCCAAAGCUUAAAGUUUGGACCUUUGACAGAAAUGAAGAAAGCUAGAGCCGUUACUUCCAUUGCGUUCUUGGUAAUCCUUUUUCUCCAAGGAAAACAGGCCAAAGAAGGAUCUGACGAUUCAAGAGCACUAAUACAUGGUAAGGAAGAUGCUCUAGAAGUACAUUGUUCUAGAGAAAGAAGUAGAGUAGCAUGGAAAAUCAUUGAGGAUUACUUGACACCAUUUGUGGAACAAGCACACUAUCAGAUUCCAAUUAAGUGUCGACUUCACCAUGACAAUGACAUCUUUAGAGAUCAGGAAGAGCACAAGGUUCAUGUGGAUACAAAUGAAUGGCAGUGUUCGUACUGUAAAAAAAGCUUCUAUGCUGAAAAGUUUCUCGACCAGCAUUUUGACAGCAGGCACUAUGAUCUUCUUAAUGUUAAUGGCAGCAAGUGCUUAGCUGAUUUAUGUGGGGCACUACAUUGUGACCAUGUGACGAAUACCAAGCUACGCAAAACCAAAUGCAAUCCUGCAGCAGUUGCAAGGAAUCGCCAUUACUGUGAGAGUCUCGCCGACAACUGUUUCCCCAUUAACCAGGGACCCUCAGCAAGUCGCCUUCAUGAAUUCUUUCUGCAUCAAUUUUGUGAUGCUCACACUUGCUCUGGGAAAUUGAAACCUUUCUCAAGGGGAGGCAAGAAAGAAACAAGUGUACUAUACCUGGCUACUGCAAUUCUGACUUUGAUGUUGCUCCCGAUUUUCUACGUGAUUGUUUUUUUGCACCAAAGAGAGAUGAGAAUGAGGGGCCAGGUUCUUAAACGCAUCUCACCAAUUGGGCGAAAAGCCAAACCUUCGUAAUUGGUUAUGCCCUUGAAGCCACACAAUUUUCGCAGCCGAUCAGUAUACCGAUCAUACUAUCAGAGUCCUUGAAUGAAACCAACCUCAGCUACAUCACCAGCUAAAAACUACAGGACUUACAUAUCUCACACUUUUACCUUAGUAAAUGGUUCAGAUUGAUACUCUUUAUGUAAUGGGUUUGUUUUGUACAUGUAUAAUAAUAUAUGCUCAAUUUAAUUUUGUCAUAAAUCAUAUGAUUCUGGUAAAUGUACAUUAUGUAUUUUGACACCAAAAGUACUUUAGCAUCUUUAUUCUUU